AGCGUUAGAAAUAAUUAUCAUCCAGGUCACGAAUCUGACAGACAGGAGGGUUACCCUCUUCCUGGCAGGUUACGCACAACGAAAACAGAUUUGCCGUUUCGGAUUGGUUGAAUGAAUGUACCUAAAAUAUCCCCUUCAAUUUCGCAACUGGAAAAAUGGGAAAUGAAUCAGAAGAUCAUUCAUCUGCAGGGAAAGAGCUCUAGUUAAGCAGCAGUGUUGUCCCAGAGAGGAGUUCCAUUAUGCACCGAGAAGGAGAAACAUUGAGUCACAACACGUCACUUUGUGAUCCAGUACUCAAGAGGGUAACGCUGGGGCCACAGUUUUCUGUCUGAAUGUCUCUUCAUCCUGUUUGUGGAUCAUAGUGAGAUGGAGUCUCUCAGCCCAGCAGAAAAGGACACUUUGCCUUCCUCUGAAAGAAUCACUGAGGUGAACAUCAACUUUCAAGGUAAAAAUGACAAAGCUAAAAAUGAACACAGUGAAUUGCUCAGCAUGGCAGACGUGGGCUCUGGAUACUCUGGAAAUACUGGAAAAAAGAUGAAAACAGAAACUGAUAAACCAGCUAAUGUUAAACAGCAAAUACAUAUUCACACUGAAGUAAAAAUUGAGCCUCAGGAACAGGAUCAAAUUGGUCUACAACAAGAAAUCCAAAAAUGUGAUAGCAAUGUUGCAGACUCGGGUGUGCAAACACUGCAUACAAAAUCCAGCUGUGAUUUUGCUGAGAUUGAGAUAGAAACAGAGGAGGAUCCGAGUGAAAAUGGUGCUGUUGGGAGAAGAUCAGGUCUGCAGGUUAAGAGUUUCCGUGAGAGGUUAAAUCUGAGGAUUUACAGUGAAAUUGACCUGAAUGAGAAACCUUAUGUGCAAAAAGGCAGUGGGCAGACUUUACAGAGUUCAAAGGUCACUGAAAUACAGAAGGUUCACAGAGGAGAGAGGUCAUAUGCCUGCAGCCCAUAUUCUUGUACCAACUGUGGGAAAAGCUUCAGGCAACUAAGAACUUUAAAAGAACACCAGUUCAUACACUCAGGAGAGAAGCCACUUUGUUGUACUGAGUGUGGUAAGCAUUUCAGUCACUUGCGAAGUUUAAUACGACAUCAGCAAAUUCAUACCGGAGAGAAACCACACUCUUGUUCUGUCUGUGGAAAGUGUUUCAGACAGUUUGGCCACUUAAAAAGACAUCAGCUUGUUCACACAGGAGAGAGACAGCACUCAUGCACUCAAUGUGGGAAGAAUUUUAGUCGAUUGGAACACUUAAAAACACAUCAGAGAAUGCACACUGGAGAGAAACCGUACUCAUGUGCUGACUGCAAUAAGAGUUUUAGUCAUUUGGGAAGCUUAAAACUACAUCAGCAAAUACAUACAGGAGAGAAACCACAUUCUUGUACUGAGUGUGGUAAGAGUUUCAGAGAGUUGGGGACGUUAAAAAGACAUCGGCAGAUUCACACUGGAGGGAAGCGACAUGACUGCAAUGUAUGUGGGAAAAGUUUUAGUCACUUAGGAGCCUUAAAAAUUCACCAGAGAACUCACACAGGGGAGGAGCCAUACUCUUGCUCAGAUUGUGGAAAAAGUUUCUGUCAUUUAGGAAACUUGAAACAACAUCAGCUAACUCACACAGAUGAGUCAUACUCUUGCACAGUCUGUGGGAAGGUUUUCUUUCGUUUAGGGAACUUAGAACAGCAUCAGUUGCUUCACACAGGUGAGAAACUGUACUCUUGCAGUGAGUGUGGGAAGAGCUUCACUCACUUGGGAAGCUUACACACUCACCAGAGAAUUCACAAAGGAGGAAAAACAUAUAUUUGCACCAAAUGUGGACAGAGAUUCUAUAAGUUAGGAAGCUUUAAAGAACAUCAACGAGUUCACACAAUUGAAAAAGUGUACACCUGCAUUAUUUGUGGUGACAAUUUUGGUAACUGGGGACAUUUUAAACAGCAUGAGCAAAUUCACACCAGAGAGACUAUACUAUUGCCCUAAUUUGUUUUACAGUUAUUUUUUACAAGUCUUUGGAACUCUACUGGAGGGAUGGAACGCCAUUCUUCCAAAAAAUGUUCCCUCAUUUCAAGUGUUCAAUUGGGUUGAAAUCUGGUGACUGUGAAGGCCAUAGCAUGUGAUUAACAUCAUUUUUAUCCUCAUUAAACCAUUCGGUGACCCCUCGUGCCCUGUGGAUGGGCAUUGUCAUCCUGUAAGAGACCACGACCAUCAGGAUAGAAAUGUUUCAUCAUAGGAUAACAGUGAUCACUUGAAACUAUGCCAGGAAUAUCCCCCCACAGAAUAACUGAGCCACCUGAUGCCCUUACUGUUGGGGUCAAGCAUUUAGGUCUGUACCAUUCUCUUGGUGUACACCUCACAUGCAGUUGCUCACUUGUCGAGAAUAUAGCGAAGGAUGACUCAUCUGACCAACUUUUUUCGACAUCUGUAGACCAGUGCUUGUGGUUUUUGCACCACUGAACUCUGAAAUGUGCAUUUGUCGUUGUAAUGAGGAAUCUAUUCCCUGCAACACUUAUACUAUAAUAUCCCUCUCUAUGUAAUUGUCGAUGGACUGUUCUUGUUAACACGUCCUGCAUUGACAUUCUCAGUCACCUGGCUGAGGAAGAUUUGCUCUUCUGUUUUUUUAAGUAUCGCACAAGCAUCAUAGUCAUCAGAUGUCUUCCCCUAUUUCUGAUGUCUGUCCUAUUGAUCUAAAUGCAGAU